AUGUGGAGGCCAUCCAGCUAUAUCCCCAAGCACAAGCGGGCUCUCGGCUGCAUUGUGAAUACUCUCUACAAGCUGCCCACUAUCUUCUCAGUGGCUGAGAAACUGCGCCCGACCUCAUAUCUAGAUGGCCUUCGAGGCUUCGCGGCCUUUCUGGUGUAUUGGCACCACCACGAACUUUGGGCUCACGGCUGGGAAAAGCAAAAUUCCAUUUUUGAAAAUGGCUUCGGCUACGACGGAAAAUACUACAUGGUCGCGUUCCCCUUCAUACGCAACUUUUUCACAGGCGGACACUUUGCCGUCUCAACUUUCUUCGUCAUAUCCGGCUAUGUCCUCUCCCUAAAGCCACUGACCCUGUUGCAAGCUGGCGAGUUCACAAAGCUAGGAGACAAUCUUUCAUCGGCCUUUUUCAGGCGAUGGCCACGACUCUAUCUUCCCCUCAUUGCGGUUCUCCUUGUAUUCAUCACGCAGUGGCACAUGCUUGGGAUCUGGGUCAACGGACAAAAAAUGGCGGGAAGCUGGACAGAUGACCUUUGGUCCCUGUAUAUCCAAUUCAAGAACUUCAGCUUCGUCUUCAAGGAGGGAGGUGAUCCCUGGAUCAGCUUCAACGUCCACUUGUGGUCUAUCCCAGUCGAGUUCAAGGGAUCCAUGGUUAUCUACGCCUCAAUUUUGGCCUUUUCGAGAUGCUCCAAGGCUGCACGACUCCGCUGCGAGGCCUUUUUGAUCUUUUACUUCAUGUUCAUAUGCGACGGCUGGUACUGCGCCUUGUUUUGCACGGGCAUGCUACUCUGCGACUUGGACUUGCUGGCCAAAAAGGGCGAGCUCCCACUCUUCUUGGCCCGCCUCGAGCCGAUCAAAGACUUCAUCUACUACCAUCUGCUCGUUGUCAGCUUAUUCUUGGGCGGAAUCCCCAGCGAAACCACAGACGUUCAGAACUUGCAAAAGAGCCGCGGCUGGUACUACCUAUCCUUGCUCAAGCCUCAAGCAGUUUUCGACUACAAGUGGUUCUACCUCUGGCUGGCGUCAGGCUUCUUGAUCGCGUGUAUUCCGCGCAUUUUCUGGCUAAAGAGGUUCUUUGAGACCAGGCUUUGCCAAUACCUGGGGCGUGUUUCCUUUGCGCUCUACAUUGUUCACGGCCCCGUGCUGUGCACACUUGGCGAUCGGCUUUACAUGGCCGUGGGCUGGAAGGGAGACGACCACAUACAACACAUCCCGCACUGGAUGAACAGAAUUCCCCUGCCAAAGUCUGGACCCCUUGGGCUGGAAGUUGCUUUCCUCGUCCCCCAGUUGAUCUUGCUACCCCUGACUCUAGUGCUCGCCGAAGCCGUGACGAGAUGGGUGGACGCGCCGAGUGUCAAGUUUGCCGCUUGGCUGCACCGCAAGACAUUGGGCGGUGCCUCUACGGAGCCGGUGCUUGGGAAGCAGGCCAGGGCAUGA